AUGCCGGUCAGCAGCGGUGGCCCGUCCUCUCGCCGGGCGAGGAGGCGGGCGGCCCGCGGCGCUGGCUUGGAUGCGGGCCGCCCUGGCGGGUGCGUCGUGCUCGUGCGGGAGGACUGCCGGCUGCACGACAACCCUGCCUUGUACGCCGCGGCGGAAGAGCACGAGUGGGUCGUGCUGCUGUACGUGCACGACGAGGGCGACCCGUCGCCCUGGCCGGUCAGGGGUGCUGGCCUGUGGUGGCGGCAUGAGUCGCUCAAGUGCUUCGAUGCGAAUCUCAGGCUUCUCGGCAGCCGGAUUUGCUACCGCAGAGGCUCUUACGUUGAGCAGGUGAGUGACGUCCUUCUCGAGAGUGGAGCGGCGGCGUUGUACUUCAAUCGGCAGCUGGAGCCCUGGCACAUCAAGCGCGACCUGUCGCUCGAGUCAGUCGUGGUGGAGAGCCUCGGCAUCAAGGUACGGUCAUUCAAGGGCAUGGUUGCUGCCUUCGAACCUUGGGAAACGAAACAGAAGCAAAAGGGGGAGAAGAGAGAGUCGCUGGAGAAGCCUCUGCCCACGAUAUCCAAGAAGCUGGCUGCACCUCCAAGCGGCUGGCCAUGGUCUAUAGAGCUUUCAGCACUUGGCUAUUGCAACACAGGCGGAGCCAAGAUUCCUUCCGAUUUCCGCCAGUUCAAUGAGAAACGCCAGCUUCAUCUCCAGUGCGGUACAGGAAACCCGAAGACAGACGACUGGGCCUUCCAUAUGCGCAGCUUCUGGCAGGUUGGCGAACAUGCUGCCAUGCAGCGCCUUGACGAAUGGAUAAAGGACGCUGCCUGGGGCUGCUACUUCCCGCCAGGACUAAACCCAAAAGACUCUGCCGGAGGACGUUUCCGUGCAGACAAGAAGUGGACGGCGAUAAUCUGCCCCUACCUCCGCUUCGGGGACCUCUCGCCACGCUACGUGUGUUGGCGCUGCCGGGAGCUCCUGUCGUACGAUCUCCGCAGGCUCUUCACGAAGCGCGUCGUGUGGCGCGACAAGGCCUACGCCCAGCUGUACCGCUGGCCCGACUCGCACUCGACCAGCAUACGGGCCCACUACGAGCACGAGCGCUGGAGCGGCACGAGGCUGCAGCUGCGCCGGUGGCAGCGCGGGGAGACGGGUUUUCCCCUGGUCGAUGCCGCGAUGCGGCAGCUCUGGAAGGUGGGCUGGAUGUGCAACCACCUGCGCCACGUGACCGCCCAGUUCCUGAUCGAGCACCUCGACCUGAACUGGAAAGACGGCUUCGCCUGGUACGACUACACACUUGUCGACACUGAUGUCGCCAUCAACGCCAUGAUGUGGCAGAUGGGCGGCCACAGCGGUAUCGGCGCCUGGAAUUUCGUGAUGCACCCGGUGUUUGCAGGGAAGAAGGUCGACCCCGAGGGCAGCUACGUGCGCCGGUGGCUCCCGGAGCUGGCGCACCUGCCCGUCCUGAGUAUAUCCAUUGUCCUUGGGAUGCACCAGCAGGCACUCGGAUUGCAGCGAAUGUGCUGA